AUGAGACAUUCUUUGUUUGUUUUAUUAAUUCUGUUAAUGGCGAUUGUGAAUUUUGGAAUAGAAGUGAAUGUUGUACAUGAAUGGAAAUAUUGUGAAUAUGAAUGGAACAGUCAGAAGCAAAAGGAAGAUGCGAUAAAUUCCGGCACUUUUAACACUAGCAAAUGCAUCUUUUUCGAUGUGACUAGAGCAGACGAUGGUAGAAUAUUUAUCGCUAUUCCGAAAUAUUUUGGCUCUGAUGUGCCUGCUUCUUUGGCAACAGUAACUAAUACAACAGGACCAGGAGGUCCACUGUUACGUCCGUAUCCGGAUUGGAGUUGGUAUAAUAGAAGCUGUAUAUGUGAUGGUAUAAUAAAUGUUUACCGAAUACAUAUUCAAUGUAACCAUAUCUUUGUUAUGGAUUUUGGUGCAGUCCUGAAUGACCAAAUUUGUAAUCCAAAACUAUUGAUUUUCAAUUUGAAAGAUGAUACGUUAGUUAAAACUAUUUACAUCCCAGUUGAUAUUGCUUUUAACCGAACAGGCUCUGGAUCAUUGAUAGAGCCUCUCGUUUAUGUUACCAAAAAAUGCACAGGAUUUCUGGAUAAAAUGAUUGUAUUUAUGGCUGACCCAGUAGGUUUCGGUUUAGUGGUAUAUGACACAUCUAGGAAACGUAUGUGUAGAGUCGAAUCUGAUUAUAUGAAACCGACUGAUGCUUCCUUAUCUAUAAAUGGUAACAAUUUUCCGUUAGAUUUUGGUAUCUACGGUAUGACAAUCAUUGGUGAUGAUUUUUAUUAUGCCCCUUUAUCGGGAAAGGAAAUAUAUAAGAUAAAAGUAAAAACACUAAUAAAAUGUCCAAAUAAAGAACAGGCUAAUAAACUGACUAAAUUUGUAGUUAAAUUAUCAAGCCAACCUACAGAACUCACAUCAAUAGGACAUUCAAUAUUCUAUAGCCUUACUAGUGAAAGAUCUAUUGUAGGCACGAACGUUUAUAAGAAUUCUGGUAAUAAUACGGUGGUACUUGCACAGGAUGAAAAAUUUCAACGUUUAACUGCGAUAGAAGUUUUAAGUUAUUGGGGUAAGCUAAUAAGCCUCUCAAAUACAUUUCACCGUUUCUAUCAAGGUAUAAUACGUCUAGAUGAAAUAAAUUUACGUAUAUUUUACAUGGACUUAGCAAAGAUUCAAAAGAUUAUGGGUUAA